AUGUCGUCUGCUGAAAUUGUGUCGUCUGCCAUCAACUUUAAACCCACCAAACACCAGUGUCCUGUGUGCGGGAAGACCUACGGAGGCAACACCAAGUUGAACUAUAACAUGGCUACCCACACCGGCAUCCGGCCUCACAAAUGUUCCAUCUGCGGCAAGGCCUUUACCCAGAAGUCCACUAUGCGCACACACUUCCGGAUUCACACAGGUGAGAAACCGUACAAGUGCCGGACCUGCACCCGUGCAUUUGCGGACUACUCCACCUGCAUGAAGCAUGAACGAACCCACAGCGGGGAGAAGCCCUACGCAUGCCCAGAGUUAAUGUCUUCUUCCUAA